AUGCUGCGUGCACGGCGUCCUUUACCGUUACUGCGACGGGGCGACCGGUGGCCCGUGCGUUUUUAUGCCUCAACGCGAGGGCUCCGUCAGCUGCAGGGGCGUGAGCGUCUCAUUUUAGGCACUCACGGCGCCGGUGUUGUGCAGCACGCCUCGGUGGCGCAGCCCUCCUCCGUCAACUUUCCGAACUCUGUCACGGUGGCUGCCCCUGCCGCGGAUUUGUUCCGCACGAAGGUGCAUGAGGGGACUGGGACGAGUGAGAGGGACCCGUACGUGCGUACGCUGCCGAACCAGCCGAGCCGAGAGCCGGAGUCUGCCGUCUCGCAGGCGCACAGCACUGCGGCGCCCACCGUGGAUGAAUGCAGCACACUUGACAGAAGGUGGGCGAGUAUGCAGUACUGGUUCAGCGACCAGCACCCGCGGCUUAUGAUUUAUUUGAGGCAACUGCAGGUCCCGGAUGUGCCGCCCCUGUCUCCAGCGGCGGAGUCCUUGCUGUCGCGCUUUGAGGAGGUUGCGGUGCCAAAGUUAGCCUCGGACGAGGUGGAUCGACAGAGACUCAUAAAACUCUGGAACACCCUAACCGACGAGGCCAACGCGCUACGAUUGCAAUACCUUUGCGAUCGGCCCACGUUUGAAGCUAAACUCUCACAUAUCUGUAGCGAGGCUUUACAGCAGAUGCAAACCAUGUCGUUCGGCGGAGUGGAAGCUGCCCUCGCAGUUGAGGCGCUACGACGCCAAACCACGCUGCGACGCAACGAUUACAUUCAAAAGCAUCUGCUUGAUGUCAUGGGUAACGAGGCUUAUUUUGGCUUUGGAGACGCCGUGUGGCAGGUCUUUUUCCACGCGGUGGAGUCGCACAAGGCGGACCUUUUUGGCGGCGGCACUCCCGAGACGCUGCGCUUUGCCUGGGAAUCGCUGCUGCAGGAAGACGUUGUGCGGGUUCCCGACGUGACGGCCCCGGUUGCGCUCUUUUUAACGCUUGUGUGCAUCGGCGAGGGCGGCAGGCUGGCGGCGGCGGGGGAGUGGAAGGAGUCCGCGGAAAGCCUGGCUGCGGGCAUCCGCCCCUCCCAUGCUGCAGAGCGGCGGCGCCCCCACCUGGAGCUGCUUAGCCCGGUGGUGAAGCGCCGCUUCGUUGCCAGGGCGGUGGAGGCGCUCCUGCAGCCGCCCAUCUCGAGCGAGUUCUCCAAACUGCUGCGGGAGCGCGGGCUGCACGACCUCAGCCGUGACGUUUCCCUCUGUGAGGCGAUGGAGAGCAACCAAACAAGCCUUGAGGAUGACGUUGCGGAGGCGGCCGCGCGCUUUGAGAGCACGAGUGAGGUGAAAACCCUGCUUUCUUCUCUCACGGCGGGAACCGACGUCGCCGUGCGUGACACGGUCGCCAAGAUCCUGGGCACCCCAGUGACCACAGCCAUGGACUGGGAUGCCGUGAUGCAAAGCGUGGAUUGGGCAAACAACUGGCGGCGGCUGGCGACGACACUUUUGUGUGACCAGACCGUGCUGCUGGCUAUUAGCAAGCUGGUCCAAAACGCGAUUGGCGCCAAGGGCGUGUCACGCCACUUGUUCUCCGAGGAGUACGUGAAUCAGCUUCAAGGCAUCAUUGCGGCACGCGAGGAGCGAGAGCUGAACAAAAAACUCAAGCUCGAUCGCAUUGUGAGGGAGCUCUCCUCCUACCAGAAGGUGGACCAGGCGUGUGACAUUCUCCGUCAGCUGGGUGUGGACAUGACAGAACUAGACCAGGCGGUGUCAUCGAUUCGAAGCAAGGGACUUGUGCGGCGGCCGUCCCUGGACGAGAACGUGACUGCACGCGUGCUGGAGGCUGUCGCUAGCCGGCACCCAAACUGGGUGCGGGCGGGUGUGCUUGAUCCGGCAGCCGUGCAGGACCCCAUGGGUGCGCUAAGGUCCAUGCUCUUCAUUUUCAUACGUCUCGCGUAUGUUCCUCAGGCGGGUCUGGCCGCGAUGGCGCAGCGAUCGCGGCGUCGCAUCGGCCCCAUUGGACUGGAGCCCUUCCAGUUCAACGUCCCCACAGAAGUGGGCUUUGUCGAGCACUACAACAAUUUGCAGCACAAGCGGUACGACUGGCAGGGCUGGUACCAGCGGAUGGUCGACGUACACAACCGCAACGUCUCCCUGCGCUGCCGCAUCCACGACCUCAAACGCCUGGACGGCAACGGUGCGCCCUUUGUGGACAUGCAGACCGAGCGCCGUCUGCGGAUCCUCGCGGAGGGUCGCGUGGGCAUGGGGGUGCUGAUGCUGGACUCCGACAAGUACGAGGAUCAGAAGGAUAACAUGACAUUUGGCUCGCUCAAGCUCUCGGAGCUUCUCUCGGACGCGCGGAAGGCGCAACUGGGCGAGGAGUACUGGCCCUCCGUCGAGCUAAAGGUGCGAAGGCCGAGUGGGCAAAGUAAGGCGCACUACUCCCUCAUUGACUAUGAUCGCAUUGAGAAGCGAAGCCGGGAACUCUACGAGAAGUACCGCGACGCGAAGAAGAAGAGCCUCUUUGUCACGCCAAUGGACAUGUGGCUGGAGGUGAAGGGGCUGCAGGUGCGCAAGUCCUCCGACGGCGCCGACGCCUAUGGCUACACGGUGGACGCCUUACAGGAUUCGCUGAGCGGCGACGACAGCAAGCAGCGGUAG